CAAAAAGUGCUUUGAAAAAUGUAAUGCACUCAUUGCAUAACUGUUGAUGCUAAUGACAAAAUUGAGAUGCAAUAUUGUAUAUAUUGAAAAAUCCAUAAUCCUUAAUAUAAACACGACACCCACUAUGCUCAUGUUGUUGUGAAAGUGGUCUGUGUUCAGUGGAUUCUGAGGAACAUAAAAUUAAUUAAGUUAAUUAAAGUUAAUUAAGAAAUAAAGUUAAUUGAUCAUUUUGUUCCCCAUUCUUUCCCCAACAGAGCAGUAGUACCGUUUUCAGAGCAGGGUCUAGAAUGAAAACGUUCGACCAGCCAAUGGCAGAUGACGGAACAAAAUCAGGGUUUCAUAUCAAAACACAACUGAGUCUUUUUACUCUGGCAGGUUUAAAUCCCAAAUUGUAAAAGUCAAUUUUGGAUCCUCUUUUCAGACAUGCUUGUCUCAUGGCAAACUGUUCUUCGCCUUUUGCAUGAAUAAUUACCUAGUGAGAAGUGAGCACCCACACACAGGAAAUGUGGUCAAGACCGUUAGGAAUGGUAGCUAUGAAACAUGACUAGAAUAACAAAUAUGCACAUUGAAUAUAGAAACAAGAGUGGUAUCCAACGAGGAAAUGGUUAAACUUUAAAUAGGAAGAAAGGGUUAGGGUUAGAAGGGAAGUACUCAACACAUGCUAAAUUAUGUUUCUUGAGACAUGAGGGUGGAUACUGUCCUUUGGACGUUUAUGUGUGUGGUCAUAUUUCCUCAGCUUAGUUACUGUGCCCUUGGAGCAUGAAGACCACAAGAAAGUCAGUUUAACUGUUCAGCAAGAAAACCUCUCCAAACCCCACCCUCUCAGACUAUCUCUCAAUCACCGGCUCUUUCUUGUGUUCCUUCUUGCCAUCUCACGCACACAUCGCUUGAGUGUUUUUUCGUUCAUGUCAGGAAGUACGCAUGGCGCUUUAAUAAAAACGUAAGUGCACAUCAUAUCCGCAAUGCCAAUGCAAACAGUGGGACGCUAGUCAAAGAUUCCGCUAAAGAUUGGAUACAUUUGAUUUACCGUUGCUCUCCACCGAGAGACCCUGGACGUCAAGCACCAGCCCAGCGCCCACGCCCAUGGAGCAGGCCUGCUGCCCCUCCUCUCUACCAGAUGAGGGAGAACCCCACCUCCAGAAGGAACCGGAGCCCGUAGACCCCCCUCUGCAGGUCAACGGAGCGGGGCCAAAAGAGGAGGCGGGGAUCGGGGGAUUGGUGCACGGCGGUCAUCUGGGGAAAGCGGAAGCUCAAGAGGAGGCGGAUCCAUGGGAGACGAUGGCCUGCCCGGUGUACACCAUGACCCGCACCUCGGCCGCCCUCUCCUUCGCCACCGUGCUGUGGGACAUGCCCGGGGACCGCCCGGACGCCUGCCACCCAGACCCAAUGGACGAAGAGGAGGAAGAGGAGGUGAUGGCCGGUCUGGAGGACAGUCCCACGCUUCGGCCUUCCAAAGGCGUAUGCGCCGAGCGGCGAGGGCCACCGGACAUCGCUUGGGAGCGGGACGGGUUGGACAAGUCUGUGGAGAACGGAGCAGAUAUUUCCGGGUCAUAUGACGUGGCUGGCGAGGAGCAAGAGAUGCAGGAAGUGAAACAUCCGGUGCUGCGGUCUUCAGAGUGUGUUAGCGAAGCCAUAAAGAGUCCAGAUUUAGCGAACGAGGAGAAGGAGGUAGUGCUAGGAAGACCGGCUGCUGCGACUCCUCCUGCUAAUGCCCUGCCUUUCCCUGAGGAGGUUUUCUGCUCCGGCCCUGAGGAACCAGAGCCAUCAUUCGUCUACAUGACCUCACUGGCUCCUUGCUCCCAGGUCGCGCCCCAGGAGCCCCCCAUGAGCUCUGCGGAGGGAGAGGGAGAUGGGGAUCAAUCUGAUGAAGAGCGCGACCAUCCCCAGACCGCCUGCUCUGUGUGCACUAGUCGGGGUGGCGUGGAAGCGCGUGGGGAGAAGAUGCUAGCAGACAGGGCAGGGCAAGCCAGGCAGACGCAUCCACAAGUUAUGAGUUCAGAAGCUUUUUUUUCAAGUGCGAAGCAGUGCUUGCAACGACAAGUCAUGGACGCAAAGGAGGAACUACAAGAACGGCCAGAGAUAGCGCUCACCGAUGACGACACAGAAACAAAACCAUGGCACGAGCUGUCAGAAGGGUUCUACUUACAGGGGAGCAAUUUAGGAGUGGGAACGUCUGCCUCUCUUCAGAGGGUCUUGGAGAACAGUCAAUAUCUGUUAGACCAGUCGGCUGAGCAUCUGACAUCUGAUGGAUCACGGCUGUUGAAAGCCCGACCCUCGAAGUUACCCCAACACAGAAUGGGUGAUCAGCUGGAGCACAUGGGACAACUGGCUGAGCUCGACCCGUUGGGUGAACCACAACAAGAGGAGGCGUCACCUGAGGUCACGACGGAUGAUGAGAUGGAACGUUCCGAACAAUAUCAAGAGGGAGCUGUGUUAGUAGAGUUAGGACUUGGAGUUGGAGGAGGAGGAACUGAAACCAGGGAGGAUGGAGUUAGGGAGAUGGAAAUGACCAGAGUUUUGACAAAUCCCCCGUGUCUAGAAUCUGAUUCAGAAGGUGACCAGGCUGCUGAGCCGGUCCCGAAGCCACAGAGACCGGAACACUGUGUCGCUGAAUCACAGGGGUCGCCCUUGAGGAUGGCCGUGGGGACUGAGUUUGUUUCAGUAGAGCGACCCAUGGACCAAUCACAGCAGACCCACCAGGAGGCAGAAUGUUCUUUGAGCUCCGGGGCCCCGCCCACCAACACCGAUCCACUGGAGCUGCACUUGAACGGGGGAGGUGUGGACCGGCAGAAGGCCCGGCGGCUGGCCCAGAGGCUGUACCAUCUGGAGGAGGUCCAGCGCGUGGACGUGGUCGGACACAUGGACAAAGACGAUGACUUCAGCAGGGCAGUAGGAGAGGAGUUUCUGUGCUUCUUUGACUUCAGCAGCCAGACGUUGGACAACGCCCUAAGGUCUUUCCUGAAGGAGGUGGUUCUUGUAGGGGAGAGCCAAGAGAGAGAGAGAGUUCUGCAACAUUUCUCCACUCGCUUCCAUCAAUGCAACCCUGAGGUCUCUUCCUCCCCAGGGUCAGUGCUAACCCUCACCUGCGCUAUGAUGCUCCUCAACACUGAUUUGCAUGGACAGAACGUAGGAAAAGCCAUGUCCACCUCCAGUUUUGUGUCCAACAUGGAGGGAAUGAAUGAUGGCCAGAACUUCAACAAGGACCUGCUUAAAAGCUUCUACAACUCCAUCAAGGGCGAACCACUGCAGUGGGCUCUGGAUGAAGAGGAGCUGAAGAUGCUGUCCGUGCAGCAGGGUGAGGACCUGAAUGAGGGGGGGCUGCGCUCAAAGAGCAACCCCUUCCAGGACGUCCCCCACGACAAGACGGCCCGUGUGUUCAAGCAGGGCUUCCUGCAGCGCAAAGCCCACGCCGACAUCGACGGAAAGCGCACUCCGUGGGGUAAGAGGAGCUGGAAGACGUUCUACGGCGUGCUCAAGGGACUGGUCCUCUACUUCCAGAAGGAUGACUACAGGAAGGGGAUGCAGGGGGAGGAGGAAGUGGUCAGUGUGCACCACGCGCUGGCCGAGGAGGCCGCCGACUACACCAAGAAGCCUCACGUGUUCCGCCUGCAGACGGCCGACUGGAGGGUAUUCCUGUUCCAGGCCUCGUCGAAGGCGGAGAUGAGCUCGUGGAUCUGCCGCAUCAACCUGGUGGCCGCGCUCCACUCUUCCCCUCCCUUCCCGGCCGCCGUGGGCUCCCAGAAGAGGUUCACCAGACCCAUCCUGCCCGCCUCGCAGUCUGCUCAGACCCUGGAGCGUCAGCUGCACUCCCAUGCCGGCAUGCUGGAGUCGUUUGAUAAGGACCUGAGCUUCCUGCAGGAGAGCGCCUCGGACGGCCGCAAGGCCCGGGCUCGGGACCUGGAGGAGCAGCGCCUCCGGGAGGAGUACCUGCUGCAUGAGAAAUGUCGGUACGAGGGCUACAUGGCCGUGCUGGAGGCGUGGAGAAGCUUGGACCUCCUGGACGGCGCUACUGUCGGGGACACAGAACUCAGACUUCUGGACCGAGCCAUGUUUAGAAACUUUCUAGAGGACAUCGAAGAGGAGAGUGAGGGGCUGGGAAUGAAGAAGUCUGUCUCCAGCCCCUCUCUGGAGUUUGAGAUGGUGCCCCCGCUGGUCAAAGUAAGGCGCAACGUCUCAGAAAGACGGACUUGCCGCAGGAAUUUCAUUGCUCGGCGAAACAAAGAGCUCUGAGUGACUUUAAACUAAAAGUGUUGACCGUCUUUAGUAAACUGUGUACAAGAGCCAUAGGGAUUAGGUGUUGUUGCUUUGUAGCAAUGCAUUUAGGGUACUGUAGUCUUUAGAGAUUUAGUUAGGAACUAGUCUGAUUGAGGCAUAUGGGAUUCAUCUGUCCACCGUUGUAAGUUUGACUUUGAAAUGCAAGUAUUUUAGUCAUAUUUUAUACAUUUCUUCUUGGUUUGCACUUUUACAAAAAAGAACCUCAAAAACUAGUUUUUUAUUUUAUUUUGAAUAACUCGAAAAUUGAAAUGGACCUAAAUAUUCAGUUGUGUUUACGUGGUUUCAUAAUUGUUAGUAACUAGUAACGUGUUUGACCACUAGAGGGGGCCGUAACAUAGGAAAUAUCUUGAAAUGAAGUUGACGGUACAAGGUGUGGUUGGAAUGAUAUUUACCUUUAUUUUGUUACAUUUUAAAUGGUCUUAAUUGAUUGUUGCGUUUUGAGAGCUUAUAUAUUUUUAUAUUUUUUGAGCAUCUGUUAUAAACCAGUUCCUGUUACUGUGUAGUUCAUAUUGAAGGCUUCAUAACCUUUAACCCCUCUUGUCCAAUCAUAGAAAAUAAAAACAAAUAUUACAAAUAUAUUUUUUAGAUUUAUCAUUUUAAGUCGAAAAAUAGACUGAAAUUUAGUUAACCAUAAAAUAAUCAGUAAAUAUAUUUAUAAUCUAUUUAUAGCAUAUACAUUUGUGAUCAUAUGGUUCAGUAUGACAUUCUUUUAACUAUAACCUCUCUAUGUAGGACCUCCGUUUUCAUCAUGAUUGUGUGUGUUUGUGUGUGAUCUCUGUAGUGGCACAGUCCCCAUUUUGUUCUCUUGUCAGCAUGAUGAGCAGUGGUCAGCCAGGGAUGACUGACAAUAAGAACAGGAUGUCUACCACCCCUGUAGAGAGAGAGAGAGAGAGAGAGAGAGACACACACACACACACACACACACACACACACACACACACACACACACAGAUUCCAUGUUAAUGUCCCCGUCCAGCAUUAAACGCAGGAAUGUGGUUGGACAAUAGGAAACGCAAGGCAGAGCAUACACAAUACAGACGCACCGUCCCGCUGUAAGCUCCAUAGUGCCCUAGUGCCCAGAGCAACACAUCGAAACAAGCCCUCCUUCAGAGUAGGUACUGUCAGACUAGUCCUCCUCAUAAAUAUGUCCUAAAUAUACUGUUUACAAAAGCAGUGGUAGCCUAUAGGGCUUGUUCAUCAGAAUGCAUCGUGGGAUUUUUGGUUUGGCGAUACUCCACCAUUUUGAGAGGACUCGAGAGUUGUGAAGGACUGUAAAAUAUUAAAUCAAGGUAAAUAUACCAAAACCUAG